GCCAAGUGGGUCCCCUAUUAUGAAGUGUUGACAGAACAGUGAAUGUGUCCGUAUUUUAUUUAUGCACGUCUAACAGUGUUUUUUGCCAUGUCAACAUCGGGGACGCUGAGCUAUUAUGGAGACAGUCACAGUGUUCUGGAGUCAGAGGAUCUUUUAGUAGCCAGAUACCCAUCGGGAUCAGGGCUGCAGCACGCGAGGCAGCCCACACUGACUGACCACAACGACCUCGAUCCGUGCCAAUUCCCUGCGAAAACAUCCGCAUUCGGCCUUUCCUGGGCCCCGGUGCCCGAGCAGCACCCGGGCAACGUGUCUGCAGUGUACCACCCGUACACACUUCCACAGGGUCCUGGCCUGGACACUGAAGGAUUGUACAUGAGAUCAUGGUUGUUGGAACCUACGGCUGGAUCGUUGUCUUUUUCUGCUGGAUUACCGUCCAACGGGCAUUACCACAUCAAGCACGAGCCUCAGGCCGACAGAGGUGACUGUACUAAAUUCGAGUCCAGUACCCUAGUUCUGUCCGAUUUCUCAACAGGAUCACCGCAAGCGGAAAACGAUAAACCCCCCAGCGAUGCCAUUUCCUCCGAAUUAAACGACAGCGGUACCGCAGGGGAGAAGACAGAAAUGGACCCAAACAAUCCUGCUUCCAACUGGCUUCACGCGAAGUCCACGAGGAAAAAGCGCUGCCCGUACUCCAAACACCAGACCCUCGAGCUGGAAAAGGAGUUCUUAUUCAACAUGUACCUCACCCGAGAUCGCAGAUUCGAAGUAGCAAAAUUGCUCAACCUCACCGAAAGGCAGGUUAAAAUCUGGUUUCAGAACCGCAGGAUGAAGAUGAAGAAAAUCAAUAAAUGCCAACGGAAAGACGACUGAUAUCAAAAACGAUUAGGAUAAAAUCAUGAUUUAGAAAUAAUUGUUACUCUAGUAUAUUUGCUUCAUAAGCAAAUUUUAAAUGAGCUUCUUUCGUUGUAUUUUCGUUACGGAUAA